ACAUUCUCAUCCAAACUCAAAUUAAACAUAAGUUGAGUCUUAUCACAAAACAAGAUUUUAAUUAGCUUCUUAAACAUUAGGAAAAUGGCCUACUCAAAGGCUUUACUCCUUGCUCUCCUUUUUGUUGUGACUCUCUUCAUUUCCUCUGAAGUCUCAGCUCGUCAGCUAGCUAAGUCUUCCACCACUGAAAAGACACAGUCCGUGGAAGAGUCUAAGCAUGGUUCCUACGGACAUGGAUCGUACGGACACGGUGGAGGAUACGGACAUGGCUCCUACGGACACGGUGGCGGAUACGGACAUGGUGGGCACGGCGGUCAUUACCCACCCAAAGAAGAUGAGAAAAAUGUUGUAGACCCUCAACACUACGGUGGUGGAUACGGUGGCCAUGGAGGUUAUGGUCAUGGUGGAUACGGUGGCGGUGGCUAUGGACACGGUGGAUAUGGUCACGGAGGAGGAUAUGAUCAUGGUGGGCAUGGUGGUCAUUACCCACCCAAGGAGGAUGAGAAAACUGAAGUUGUAGACCCUCAGCACUAUGGUGGUGGAUACGGCGGCCACGGAGGUUACGGUCAUGGUGGAUAUGGUGGUGGUGGAUAUGGUGGUGGUGGUUAUGGUCAUGGCGGUUACGGUCAUGGUGGUUAUGGCCAUGGAGGUUAUGGUCAUGGCGGAUAUGGUGGCCACUAUCCCCCAAAGGAGACAAAGACUACUGAGGAACAAAAGGGUAACUAAGUAAUGACUAAUGAGUCUCUAGUAAGAUAGAAUUUAUGUGUUUGUAUAUGAAUAAUAUAGUGAUCCUAGAGAAACGUACUACUACGUUCUGUGUCAAUAGAAAAAACCAUGUUAUGGAUUACGAAAAGGUUACGUUGCUUUAUUCUUACGUAGUUACAUGUAUUUAUGAUCAUGUAAUGGUUUCUCAUCCAUGCAAUGUACUCUUAUUUUCAGUUACAUAUAUAUAUAAAAUCGUAAACGUCUUUAUAUUA